AUGGCUACCUUCUCCCUCCAGUGUCAGAGACCAGUUGCUGGGGAGCACAUAUGAGCAGAGUGAAGCUGCUCUGCUCAGCUCCUGUGCAGGGGCUUCUCAUUGGGGCAUCUGGUUGGCAACUGUCAGAACAUGAUGCUGGACUAUAUGGGCUCGCUUUUGCUUGAUCCAGCUACAGCAGGGCUCUUCUUGGGAAAGAAGGCAGCAGUGUCAAAAUGGGGCUUCUUGAACAGGCGCAGAAGGGAGCAAUUCCUCCUCACAGGCUGGUUAGCAUUCUCUGCUUCCCCACCACUUGUCCCCCAUCCCACCCCCUUCUGUUGUCAGAUGCUGACCCAGCAGCCCGGGUAAAGCAGAAAUGGUAGGGUGGGGAGGGUUCUGUGAGACCCCACCCCUCUCCCAUUAUCUGCAUCUCUUACUUUUAAAAACCAUCAUAGCUGGCUGCUGUUCUCUCUCCCUUCACCCUGCUUAUUAUUAGUAUUAUUGGGGUUUUCCAAAUGUGAUUUCUACCAAUAACAGGGAUCAAAAGGGCGUUUGGCAUUUCUCAGAAGCUACCAGUCAAUCAUUAACCAAAUGUGGUUUCCUCCCUCCCUCCCUCCUAGAUAACAUUUUCUCCCCCACAAGAAGACCAGCAGACACGGACCUCCUGGCAGCCCCAGCAGCAGACGAGACAGCAGCCAACGCCAGCCUCUCACCAAAGGCCAGGCAGGCACAGAAAAGGCAGCUCCCAGCAAGAGAGGGAGACGAAAUGGUCUCUGUGGGCCUCCAGCUGGUGGGCUAUGCCCUGGGGCUCUUGGGCUUGCUGUGUGCCUUCGUGGCCACCCUGCUGCCCAGCUGGAGGACCAGCUCCUACAUCGGCUCCAGCAUCGUCACGGCGGUCGGCUUCUCCAAAGGCCUCUGGAUGGAGUGCGCCACUUACAGCACAGGCAUCACUCAGUGUGACGUCUAUAGCUCACUGCUCAACCUGCCCACUGACAUCCAGGCAGCCCAGGCGAUGAUGUCCUCCUCCAUCGCUGUCUCCUUGCUGGCCUCCAUCAUCUGCGUGGUGGGGAUGAGGUGCACCAUCUUCUCGCAAGGCUCCCCGGCCAAGGACAAGGUGGCGGUGGCAGGUGGGGUAGCCUUUGUCCUUGGGGGGCUCCUCUGCUUCAUCCCUGUGGUGUGGAACAUCCACGUGGUGCUCCGUGACUUCUACAACCCCAUCGUUCCUGACAGCAUGAAGUUUGAGCUUGGGGAGUCCCUGUACCUGGGUGUCCUCUCCUCCCUGGUGUCUAUCAUUGGGGGCUUCAUCCUCUGCGCUUCUUGCCCACCCCGAGACCCACAUGCUGCCUAUUACAGCCCUUACCGUUCUCGAACCAUGGUGGCCAGGAGCCAACCAGUGCCAGCCGCCUCUCCAAAGGCUAAGAGUGAGUUCAACGCUUAUAACCUGACAGGUUACGUCUAA